UUACCAGCUGAUUUUGUUUUGCAUUUCCUCAAAGAAAAGAGACUCUUGAAAAACAAACACAAUUGACCUAAAAAGGAGGCCAAUUUCGCAUUUUGCACCUUUACACGACUGUGAUAAUUUCAUACCUGACUGCUUUAGUGAUAUGGUUGCUUGAAUUUGUAUUUUGCGUGAAGAGGAAACAUGGUGGAAAACAAAGUUCACGUCAAUUUCACCUGUCAAAGGUGUUUGCAGCCUCUGAAACUAGACCCUGCUUUCAGUGCACUUACUGAACAGACCAUCGGUGAACUUUCAGUGCCUCUGUGUCCAAGUCCUGGAAUUGAUCUCGAAGCCCAAGCCUCUGGUUUUGACCGAUUCAUUCCUCCUUUUCGUCUGACAGACUCGACUGCUGCUGGCACUAAUGGUUUUAUGUUAGUUGGCGGAGACGGCGAGUACGAAGGAUUCAGUCACCAUUAUAAAGUGACUGCUGGACUCUUUGAUGCUCUCUCUAACAAUUCGGACAUCGAUCAUCCACUUUGCGAAGAAUGCACUGAUUCCAUUCUUGAGUUGCUGGAUCACCAAUUGCGUCUCACAGAAAAUGAGCAGGCUGACUAUAAGGAGUACUUACAAAGACUGCAAGAAGAGCAAAGUAAUGAUUCUCUGGAGGAACUUGAAGCCGAAUUAGAAAAGCUAACUUUAGAGGAGCAACAGCUCAUUCAGGACUUGGAAAGUCUUAAGAAACAAGAGAGUGAGGCAAAGGCUGCUGUAGAAAAGCAGCAGGCUGCACGAUUGCAGUUGGAAAAAGAGGAAGAAAAAUACUGGAGGGAGUACACAAAGCACAGGAGAGAUUUACUUCUAACGGAGGACGAAACUAGGUCUCUGGAGUGCCAACUCGUCUACACAAGGAUGCAGCUUAAAAAGCUAAAAGACACCAAUGUUUUCAAUGCCACCUUCCACAUAUGGCACAGUGGCCACUUUGGCACAAUAAAUAAUUUUAGGCUGGGACGUUUACCAAGUGCACCUGUCGACUGGAGCGAAAUUAAUGCUGCCUGGGGACAAACUGCUCUCUUGUUGGCCUCUCUUGCAAGAAAAAUAAAUUUGACCUUUGAGAGAUACCGGCUAGUUCCUUACGGGAAUCACUCUUACAUUGAAGUUUUGGCCGACCACAAGGAACUGCCCUUGUACGGCUCAGGUGGCUUUCGAUUUCUGUGGGACAAUAAGUUUGAUGCUGCCAUGGUUGCAUUCCUAGACUUAAUGCAGCAGUUCAAAGAAGAAGUUGAAAGAGGAGAAUCCGGCUUCUGCCUGCCGUACAGAGUGGAAAAGGGAAAAGUUGAGGACACCACAUCAGGCAACUCCUACUCAAUCAAGAUACAAUUUAACUCGGAAGAGCAGUGGACAAAAGCUCUGAAAUUCUUGCUGACCAAUUUAAAGUGGGGAUUGGCGUGGGUUUCUGCCCAGUUCAGCAAUGAGGACGAAGACGUAUAGUUCAAAACGGAAAAACCAUGUGAGGGCAAAUAAGAAACCACCAGGACUAAGGACGUCUUCUCUCUGCAUGUACUCCUUUGCUUCAUCCACACUCAUCUCAACGAUUUCAAUCAGUUCUCCUUCAUCCACAUUUCCACCACCUUAGAGAAAGUGAAUAAAUCAAGAUCCUUGGGUGAAGUUAUAAAAGUUAAAUACAAACCUUUGGACGUUUUCAUCUCAUCAGUGACCUCUGCAUAAUACACGGUCUGUUUAUCACCAGAAGCUCCAACACCAGACCUGAAUAUUGUUAUUGUGUUAGCCACAAGUCAGUAAUCUACGCGAUUAAUUAUUAAACCUAUAUGAAAUAAUUCUUUGCAAA